UUGAUUUUGUCUGUUUGUGCAGUAAAAUGGCAAAAUCCAGUGUUUCUUUGGCUCAGGAUCAGUUCAACUGUUCAGUCUGUCUGGAUCUACUGAAGGACCCAGUGGCCAUUCCCUGUGGACACAGUUACUGUAUGAGCUGUAUUUCAGGCUGCUGGGAUCAGGAUGAGCAGAAGGGAGUCUACAGCUGCCCUCAGUGCAGACAGACCUUCACUCCAAGACCUGCUUUAGGGAAAAACACCAUGCUGACUGAAGUGGUGGAGAAACUCAAGAAGACAAAACUACAAGCUGCAGAUGUGGAGUGUGAUAUUUGUACUGGGGAAAAAUAUAAAGCUGUCAAGUCCUGUCUUGUUUGUCUGGAAUCUUACUGUCAGCUUCACUUUGAUCGUCAUGAGGAAUUUCACUCUAGAAAGCGACACAAAGUGACUGAUGCCACUGGACGACUGCAGGAGAUGAUCUGCCCUCAACAUGACAGACUACUAGAAAUGUACUGCCGAACUGACCAGUGCUGUAUUUGCAUGCUGUGCUUGAUGAAUGAACACAAGACCCAUGAAACUGUAUUACCAGCUGAAGAGAGAGCAGAGAAACAGAAACAUUAUAAAGAGACACUUCAGCAGAGAAUCCAGGAGAGACAGGUGGAGUGUGAGAAGCUGAGAGCGGCUGUAGAGACUCACAAGCGCUCUGCACAGGCAGCAGUGGAGGACACUGAGAGGAUCUUUACUGAGCUCAUCUUCUCCAUUGAGAGAAGUUGUUCUGAGGUGACGCAGCUGAUCAGAGAUCAGGAAAAGGCUUCAGUGAGUGGAGCUGAAGGACGACUGGAGCAACUGGAGCAGGAGAUGAAUGAUCUGAGGAGGAGAGACGCUGAGCUGGAGCAUCUGUCAUGCACAGACAAUCACAUCGAUUUCCUCCAAAGUUUCCAGUCUCUCUCUGUUCCUCCUGGAUCUACAGACUCAUCCAGCAUCAGUUCUCAUUUCUCUUUUGAUGAUUUGGUAACAUCUGUCUCUGAGUUAAAUGAGAAACUCCAGCAGGCUUUGAAUGUUGAACAAGAAAACAUAUUUGGGAUUGUGAGAAACAUCAAUGUGAUUUCCAUUUCCGAAUACAAGAACAGGAAUGAGUUCCUUCAAUAUUACCAGCGGCUCACUCUGGACUCAAACACAGCUCAAAAAUCUCUCAGGAUGUCUGAUGGGAACAGAGUGGUGACUAAGAAGAAGAAGCCUCUGGUGGUUCCUGAUCAUCCAGAAAGAUAUGAUCAUUUUCCUCAAGUGUUGUGUAGAGAGAGUGUGUGUGGACGCUGUUACUGGGAGGUUGAGUGGAGUGGUCGUAUAGAAAUAUCAGUGUCGUACAAGUGCAUGAACUGGAAGGAAUGGGGAAGUGAGUGCGAGUUUGGAUGUAACGAUCAGUCCUGGAGUUUGUUUUGCUCUGGCUUCAGAUGCUCAUUCUGGCACAAUAGCAAACACACUAACCUUCCAGUAGUGUCCAGCUUGUGUAGAAUAGGUGUGUAUGUGGAUCACAGUGCAGGAGCUUUGUCCUUCUACAGGGUCUCUGACACAAUGAGCCUCAUUCACAGAGUCCACACCACAUUCACUCAGCCGCUCUACCCUGGGUUUAGGAUUUACCCUGAUUCACAUGUAAAAUUGUGUGAUGAUCAAGCAUAACAAACAGGACGUUUACAAAUUUAGAGCUUUUCCAUUAGAUCUGCAUGAUUAAUUGUUGAAAUAUUGAAAUGUCUCUCAAAUACCAAUGUAAUCUUGAAAAACUGAUUCAGAUCUGUGUUAAACCUUUGACUAGUAUGAUCAUAAUUGACAAUUCUAUCUGUUUUUGACCCUGAGAGAGCAAUCAUCAUGUAUAGUUAUGAAACAGCUUCAGUCUUAGUAUUUAAAACUACGCUGUAUUAUUUCUGUAACAGUUUAUAAAUGAUGUCUACCAAUCAAAAUAGAUUAAAUCAAGAUGUGAAAGAGACUUUAAAUGAAGAUCUUAUCGAUUCUGGAUGUGGCAUUCACUCUGGAAGUGACAUUAGAUAAAUUACUGAACAGUAUUGACUAUUUUUCCAUAUGUAGCGUGAUGGAGUUCAAAUAUAUGACAAGUUGUCAGGAGCUUAUUUUAUAUAUUAUUAUCUAUUGGAAGAGCUUAAAAAAAUAGCAAUUGGCGGUUCAUUCCGCCGUGUUGACCCCUGAUGGAGCAGGGACAAAGCAGAAGAAAAGUAAGAAAGAUUAAGAGCUUAAAAUAGCACUCAAUUUUAAUUCCGACAGAUUUUCUUUUACUCAUUUUGUUGCUCAUUUUACUAUUAUAUUCAUGUGGAAGUUCAUGGUUUUGGUAUUUGAUAGUUUCAUGGUUCAAGCUAGACCUGUUUAAAAUAAAUACGGUGUAUGUG